CCUGUAUUUGCGAGCACAGUCUCCCCAGUAUGACAUGGCAGGCAAGCACCGUGCUCGCCCAGCACACCACCAUAGUCGACGUAUAUAAGACGUCCAGCCGGACUUUGUAUCCGACAGCAGCACACCACCCCGGCAGCAGUCAGGACAGUCUCUCACUACAACCUCCCCGUCUUUCAAUUACCAGUCCUUUUCCCCGGUAACGACAACGCCGAUGACCAUGGCCACCGCCAACAGCAAGCUCUUCGCGCCCAUCAAGAUCGGUGCCUCCGACCUGGAGCACCGUCUGGUGAUGGCACCGCUCACGCGCUUCCGCGCCACGGACGAACACGUCCCGACGGAGCUGAUGGCGCAGUACUACGCUCAGCGCGCGAUUGUGCCGGGCACUCUCAUCCUCUCCGAGGCGUCCUUCGUGUCUGCCCGCGCCGGCGGCUACGCCAACAUCCCCGGUCUCUGGAGCGACGAGCAGCUCUCGCAGUGGAAGAAGAUCACCGACGCCGUCCACGCCAAGGGCUCCAAGAUCUGGGUGCAGCUGUGGGGCCUGGGCCGCGCGGCGUGGCCCGACCCGGUCGGCUCGGGUGGAGCCGUCAAGAACGAGGAGUUCGACUUUAAGAACGGCUUCGUGAGCGCGAGCGAUGUGCCCAUGGCCGAGGGCCUGCCGACGCCGAGGGCCCUGUCUGAGGAGGAGAUCUGGGGCUUCGUGAACGACUACGCCACUGCGGCUAAGGGGGCGGUUGAGAAGGGCGGCUUUGACGGUGUUGAGAUCCACGGUGCUCAUGGUUACCUCAUCGACCAGUUCACUCAGGACGUCUCCAACAAGCGCACCGACGCCUGGGGCGGCAGCAUCGAGAAGCGGUCGCGCUUCGCCAUCGAGGUCUCGAAGGCGGUCGUCAACGCCGUGGGUGCCGACCGCGUGGGCAUCCGUCUGAGCCCGUGGUCCAACUUCCAGGGCAUGCGGAUGGCAGAGCCGAUCCCGCAGUUCGCGUACCUGAUCACGCAGCUGCGCGAGCAGAAGCUGGCGUUCCUGCACCUGGUGGAGCCGCGUGUGGCAGGCGUCAUCGACCGCGACCCGCAGGGCGAGAGCCUGGACUUCGCGCUGCAGGCGUGGGGCAAGGAGCGGCCGGUGCUGAUUGCGGGCGGCUUCAAGCCCGCGGGCGCGUACGAGGCUGUCGAGGACAAGUACCGCGACUACGAGGCCGCGAUUGUGUUUGGCCGCUUCUUCAUCUCGAACCCGGACCUCGUGUACCGCGUUAAGAAGGGCAUUGAGCUCGCGCCGUAUGACCGCACGACGUUCUACAAGCAGAAGCACAUGCAGGCCGAGCCGGGCUAUGUGGAUUACCCCUUCUCGAAGGAGUUUGUUGAGGAGUUUGGCAAGCCUGCCGAGGCGGCUUAG